AUGAGCUCCACCACUGUUGCCGGUCACAAUGGCCCACUUCAGACAGGCAAAAUCAAAUUCAGAGACCUCGAUGCAGCCUCUGAUUUUGCCGAUGAAGUUGUUGUGGCUCAGUGGGAUUUGCCAGAGGAUUACCCUGGUGGAUUGUUUGUUCAGCGGAUUGACGACAUCAAGAUUUCGGCUCAUGAACUUGCCUCCAAGAUGAAGAUUACGGUACCCUUCUUUGUUGACCUUCGUGACUUUGCUUCACUCUCUUGCUUUGUCGUCCUUGAGGGAUCAGCAUUGUUGAUUACUCUGACUGCUCUUCCCACAUACAUGAUGACUGAACAUGCGGACCUGCUUGCAAAGGAGAAGGUUCGAUGCACUCGCACUGAAGAGAAAACAGCAGAGGCCAUGACAUCUAUCAAAGAGGACGAGUCUCACUAUUUGAAGCGAAUUCUCAUUGUCAUGCCUCCUGGCCUUGGGGUAUCCGCUGACUUCACCGAAAAUAUGCCUCGAUAUGAUGUAAAGGUCCACGCCAAAGUUCGAGAAAAGACCAGCACCUUCACAACCGGAGCAACUCGUCGUCAAGUCCAGCAGGUCUUUUUCAACCUUUACUGGCAAGUGCGUCUUGUACAGGAAAAUCGUCAGCUGAUUGCUGCCCUCCAAGGUGAUGACCAUGGGAUCGACAGUGCUUUUGAAGGGAUGUCUCUUGGUGGUGUCGCUGCUGACGGAAAUGGCAAUCCUCGUCCAUCGUCAUCAGCAGCAGAGCUGACUCCAUCUUUUGUGAAAGCACCCAUUGCUACGUCGACUAUCCGAGCCCUUCCGGCUCCACCUUCGAUGUCAUUUAUGGCUUCUUUGCAGCAAGUCAAGAGUACAUCCGGACAAAGCAAGCAGCCAAGGCCAAAACCACAAGGGGUGACAAGCUCUUCUGCUUGUGUUGGAGGAUCGUCGCUGCAAGCUGCUGUGAACAGGGGAACACCCCAAUCAACAUCAGCUACUGGUACGUACAUACCACCUUCCAUGCCGACGAUACCAACAAUGGCUCCACCAAUGCCAACAGCGCCAACAGCACCAAUGCCGGCCCCGCAGCCGGUCAAGUCUUCGGUUCCAAAACUUGUGCCAGUUGGUACGGCUACACCACAACCUGCGCCGGUUUUGUCGGCUGGAACAUUCCAGACUAACUUUGACCAUCCAGGGAUGAACUUGAGCAAGUUUUCUGACAGUGCAAAGAGGAGCGGCAGUCGCCUUGCGAAUGCACAGCAACUGCGAGAAGAGCGGGUUGAGUCUGCUGCUCGAAACAGAGAUAGAAAGAGAUCAGCGAAGAUUGCCCGUGCACGACAGCUUGAUAACAACAACAAGAGGCUGCUUUGA